AUGGGGACAACAACCACAGUGAUUCAGAGGAUAAGACGAAUAGUGGCAGACGAAUGCGAACCUGGACUGUGGGACAAGAUGGAUCGAGACGCCAACGAAUGUCCAAUAGCAUAUAUAUUCAAUUAUUUGUUGACACAGAUGACGGACGAGGGCGAUAGAGACCUGAUGGACGACACACCCUUGACAGGUGUAUUCUACAAUCCCCAAGGCAUAAGACCAGCCAUCAGCGUAGUCGACUAUCUCAAACGUUUAGUUCAAUAUCUAGGUUGUAGCAAGAGCUGCUUCAUCAUUGCCCUAGUGUAUCUCGAUCGUUUGAUCGUCGAGAAGAAUUACAUAUUGAACUCACUCAAUGUACAUAGAAUCAUAUUUGGAUGCAUACUUAUAUCAAUCAAGUUUUGUGAUGACUACUACUAUCCGCACGAUGUGUAUAGUGUAGUUGGAGGAUUAACUUUAGAAGAAGUGAAUGGAAUAGAGCGAAGAUUGUUGGAAGACUUACAGUUUGAUUUGUGUGUACAUGAGGAUGUGUUUACGCAAUAUCUCAUUAUGGAUUUGAAGGGCUAUCUGAUGUCUGACAUAAUGAAUCAGCAGGAGGAGCCAGAGGAGUCGGACGGCGAAUCGGAUUGCGAGUCAGAUUCAUCCAACGAGAGCAAACAUGCAGCUGGCACAGUCGACGAUCAUACCAGCAGCAGUGUCGUGCCACAGGUCAAUUUGCCACAACUGUCGCCACUUCCACAACAGGCCAUCCCUCACACGUCAAUGUCCAAGUCGUCGGCCACGCUUGACAUCCCACCGCGUCCAUUCAACAGGACCAAAUCAAGGACACUAUCAAACUCAUUCGACAUGGAUACCAUACUCAAGAAGAAGUUCCCUCAGCCUCUGUACAUAUCUCCACAACUCAAAGACCGGUAUCGAAGGAACAGUUACAAUCAUUCUCUCAUUUUGAACAAGUCAUCAUCACUAUCUUCACAGUCAUCGCCAGGCCACAAUAACAACAACAAUCUCAAAGAUGUU